AAACAACUUUCUGCCUAACACAAAAUUUGAAACAAUUCUCUUUGAAAAUGAGACUUCAUUCACCAAAAUGAUGAAUAUCAGGAGGUAUAUAUCUGUGGAUGCUAUACGAGAUUGAGGAUCGAUAUAUCCCAUUUUUUGUCAGUUUUCAUUUUGCAGACAACUUAAUCUUUGAAAUUACAGAAUUCAUGUUUUACUAUUCGCCAGCAAAGAUCAAUGUAAAAAACUGACCUAUCUAUGUUUAACCGUGUCUUGACCAAUUCGUGUUUUUUAACGUGGAUAAUAGCUUAAACAGAUCUUACUUUACUGCAAAAUAAAUGGCUCAAACUAUAUUUUCUGUCGUUUAUAUCAAGGAAACUAAAGAAAAACGAAAAGAAGAUGCUUCUGCAAACUUAAAAUGCAUUCCCAGAUGAUGACCACACCCCUUCUUCUACAUUCAUACAUACAUGCAUAUGUAUGACCAAAAGAAGGAGGCAUAACUUCGGCCCCUUACCAUCUCCACAUGAUGUGGUUGACCUUCACGUUUGCCACCGGUCUCCAGCAGUUUAUUCACCCUAAGACACACCUUUACAGUUAUAGUUGAACUUUAAGAAUCGUAUUCAACUCGCAUCGAAGCAACGUCCAAGAUGAAGUUUGGCAACUGGAUAUGCCUCUUUACUGUGGCUGUUUUGCAAUGUCUUCCUGUUACACACGGGGCAAAUAGUUUAUAAAUGCUUUCUGCUGGCGUGGAUUUUACAAAUCAAACAUUCCGGUUCUGUUACUCUUGACCAAUGAAAAAUGAUCUCCCUAUAGAGAGUAAUAAAAAUAUAUAAAGGCUUCAGAACCAAAAAGGACUUGCAGUUUAUUUUGUAAAUCCCAAGAAAACGGUUGAAGUUAUCAAAAAUGAAGUUCACUAUAAUCGUAUUUGCGUGCCUUUUGGCCUUUGCAUUGGCCGGACACUAUGAGAGCCAUGGUCAUCAUGAAGAUCACGGUCGUCACGAUUACGGCCACGGUCAUAUUGAUGACCAUGGUCAUGGUCAUGAAAGUCAUGGCCACCAUGAUGAGCAUGAUGAUCAUGGUCAUCAUGACGAUCACGAUGAUCAUGGCCACCAUGAUGAUCACGAUGAACAUCAAAAUCAACAUCAAGACGAUCAUGACGAACAUGGACAUCAUGACUUCCACGGUCAUCAUGACGAUCAUGAACAGCAUGAGGUUCAAGGCCACGAAUAUGAUCAUGUCCAUUUCGAUGAUCAUGGCCAUCACAAGGAGCAUGUGGGCGAUCUAAAGAAGUAUGUCCGCGUCAGUCCAGUGGUUGAUAAGAAGAAAGUGGAGGUUGGUGCCGACAAACAUGAUUACCACGGCAAACACGGAAAACAAGCCUAGAUGUCAUCCACGCGGAGAUGUCACCCACCGAGAUUGAUCUGAUCCAUAUUUGGCAUUCAAUUUAUUUGUGAUUUGAAUAAAACAAAAUGUA